AUGAUGGAGAGGAUAAGAAAGGAGAUGAUACUCAUGGAGAGGGGUCUGCAUAGUCCGGUGGCGGCAAAGAGGCUUGCAGAUUCGGCGGGGAAUUCAGUUCUGGAGGCCCUGGAGAACUCCCAGCACGGAGGACGGCUCAGCCCGAGAAUAACAUCCGCUUCCCUGCAUGGGAGUCUGGGGGACAUGCCGAGUAAAAGCAAGUUUGAGAUCGACAGUCUCUUUGGUUCUCAUCACGGCGGCGACAGCAGCCCAUCGGCGGAAAUUUCCUCAUCGGAGAGCAGGAAGAAAAUGAGCAUUUAUUCGGAAGUUUCCCAGGAAUCGGACAUCAACAGUGAUGUGGAAGUGGGGUGCCCCACGCAUCGUUCUCCCAGCCAGCACAAAGAAAACAAAGGUUUUUCAGACAGUAAUUCCGGAUCCUCCAACACAAGCUCAAGCUCCUUAUCCGGCAUGAAUGGAAACUCCACGGGGGCAUCAAACAGCAACUCCAACGCCGACCAAGUCAGGAGGUACCGGACAGCCUUCACCAGAGAGCAAAUUGGGAGGCUGGAGAAGGAGUUUUAUCGGGAAAAUUACGUUUCCAGGCCGAGGAGAUGCGAACUGGCUGCUGCUCUCAACCUCCCUGAAACAACCAUUAAGGUGUGGUUCCAGAACAGGCGCAUGAAGGACAAGAGGCAGAGGUUGGCCAUGUCGUGGCCCCAUCCAGCGGACCCCAGCUUCUACACCUACAUGAUGACGCACGCGGCCGCCACAGGAAGCCUCCCGUACCCCUUCCACUCGCACAUGCCCCUGCACUACUACCCCCACGUCGGCGUCACGGCAGCCGCGGCAGCAGCAGCCGCCACGGGCGCCGCCUCCUCGCCCUUCGCCACCUCCAUCCGGCCCCUCGACACCUUCCGAGCUCUCUCGCACCCUUACUCGCGACCGGAGCUCCUGUGCAGCUUCCGCCACCCUGGACUCUACCAGUCGCCGGCGGGCCUCAACAGCUCCGCGGCGGCUUCAGCUGCAGCCGCUGCCGCUGCAGCCGCCGCUGCGGUCAGCGCUCCGUCUGCCGGCGGGCCUUGCUCGUGUCUGAGCUGCCACAGCAGCCAGGCGGCGGGCGCCUUGAGCUCCAGGGCCGCCGGCGCCGACUUCACCUGCACGGCCUCGGGACAGAGAUCCGAGAGUGGAUUUUUGCCCUACUCGGCGGCUGUUCUCAGCAAGACCUCCGUGCCGUCACCGGACCAGCGAGAGGAGACGUCACUCAACAGAUAA